AUGACUGCUGGUAGCUUCGCCUACAUUGGACCUCAGGGAAUUGUGCAUGGAACAACGAUUACUAUUAUGAACGCUGGGCGUCGUUAUCUGGGUGUGGACGAUUUGAAGGGUAAGGUUUUCGUAACAGCUGGUCUUGGAGGUAUGAGCGGAGCUCAACCAAAAGCAGCCACCAUCGCCGGAUGCAUCUCCGUCACUGCUGAGGUGAAAUACCUAUACUGA